GAGAUGCACGGCUCGGCUUGGCCCAAGACGGGCGCGACGCUGGCGCUGAUGUGGUUGAAAAGGGGCCUCAAGUUCAUGCUGGUGUUGCUGCAGAGCAUUUCCGACGGCGAGAGGGACGAGGAGCAUCCGAACCUCAUCCGGGUGAACGCCAUGAAGGCUUACGAGAUCGCGCUGAAGAAGUACCAUGGCUGGAUGCUGCAGAAGCUCUUCACGGUGAGCUGUUCCUGUCUCCACGGAGGAAAGCAGCUUUUCCUGAAGCCGUACAAAUCGGAUUUGCUGAAGGCGUUAGAGAAGGGGAAGGAUGUCAAAGAGGAGGAAAGCGUAGAGAAGAUCCAUCAGUUUCUCUCGAGGGUCACCCCCAUCCUGGAUGCGAUUUACGAGAUGUACACAAAGAUGAACGCCGAGCUGAGCUACAAAGCCUGA